AUGGCGCUGGCCCUGAAGCUGGCCCUGAAGCUGGCCCUGAAGCUGGCCCUGAAGCUGGCCCUGAAGCUGGCCCUGAAGCUGGCCCUGAAGCUGGCCCUGAAGCUGGCCUUGAAGCUGGCCCUGAAGCUGGCCCUGAAGCUGGCCCUGAAGCUGGCCCUGAAGCUGGCCCUGAAGCUGGCCCUGAAGCUGGCCCUGAAGCUGGCCCUGAAGCUGGCCCUGAAGCUGGCCCUGAAGCUCGCCCUGAAGCGGGCACUGAGGCUGCGCUGCCUAAGUGUGUGCAUGUGUGAGGCGUUUACCUGGUUUAGAUCCAUGACGAUGAUGGCAUCCAUCAAACCAAACACAGGAAGCUGA